CCGCAGGAAGAGGAGGAGGAGGAGGAGGAGGGCGGAAGCGGGGAGCCCCCGUGCUAAGCCUGUGAGCGGGAGUUGGCGGCUGCAAGGUGCUGGCAGUCCUGUGCCUGCUGUCGCCAUGCCGUGCGUGGCCGACUGGCUCAACAACCCCUUCAGCAUCGUGCAGGACAUCUUUGCCCAAAAUGUUCCAAACUCUGAUUGGGAAAAGAAAGUAACCGAAUACUUCAAGGAGAAAUUAAAAGAAAACAAUGCUACUAACUGGGUUCCAUCACUGAAUGAUGUUCCCGUACACUACCUAAAGCCCAACAGUUUAGUGAAAUUUCGUUGCAUGGUCCAAGAUAUGUUUGAUCCUGAGUUUUACAUGGGAGUGUAUGAAACAGUUGACCCAAACACAAAUGCACGUGUUUUGCAUUUUGGCAAAUACAGAGAUGUGGCUGAAUGUGGGCCUCAGCAGGAAAUUGAUUUGAACUCCUCACAAACAGUCACCUCAGAAAGACAGACUUUCUACUGCGUUCCAGUGCCUGGUGAAUCAGCAUGGGUGAAAGAAGCAUAUAUUAGUGCAAGCCAAGCUCGAGUCAGCCCCUCAACAUCCUACACACCAAGUCGCCAUAAGAGGAGCUAUGAGGAAGAUGAGGACAUGGAUCUACAUCCAUCUAAACAGAAAGAGCAACAUAUGGGCAGUGGAGGUGAUAUCCAUGGAUGUGUGGAGCCAAAGAGAUUAGAAACAGAAGCUUCUGCAGGUCAUCAUCUCAUUUCUCCCAACUGCUCCCCUCCACUUGACUUAAAUUUUCCAUUGCCAGGAGAGAAGGGACCAGCAUGUCUUGUAAAGGUCUAUGAGAGCUGGGAUAGCUUCAAAGUCAAUGAUGUUCUGGAGGUAUAUGGCAUUUUGUCUGUGGAUCCAGUGCUGAGCAUAGUAAACAAUGAAGAGAGGGACAGCUCAACCCUCAAUGCCGUGGAGUCUAUGGACACAGCAGAGGAACAGAGAGUACACAGUCCUCCGGCAUCAUUAGUUCCCAGAAUCCAUGUGAUUUUGGCACAGAAAUUACAGCACAUUAACCCAUUACUGCCUGCCUGCCUUAAUGAAGAGGAAAGUAAAACCUUUGUGUCUAAUUUCAUGUCGGAGCUGUCACCAGUGAGAGCAGAGUUGCUUGGGUUCCUCACCCAUGCCCUCCUCGGAGACAGUUUGGCUGCUGAAUACCUUAUACUGCAUCUCAUCUCUACAGUCUGUAUCACACAAAAGUUGACAUUUGUCCAGAAUGGGGAGAAGAUAUACAGUCAGAAGAGGGAGAGGAAAGCUGAGGGCAGUUAUGCAAGACGAGAUGUGCUCCCUCUGGGAAAAUUCACAGUCAACCUGAGCGGAUGUCCACGGAAUAACAUCUUCACGGAGCACAUAUACCGCAUCAUCCAGCAGCUUGUGCCAGCAUCCUAUCGCCUGCAAAUGACCAUUGAAAACAUGAACCACUCACGAUUCAUCCCACAUAAGGACUACACAGCGAAUCGCUUAGUCAGUGGCGUGUUGCAGCUUGCCAGCAACACUUCCCUUGUCGUGGAUGAGACUCAGCUCGAGCAAGGGCAGCUUGACACAAAAGGUGUCCAUAACGUGACAGCGCUGGGUAACCUGAUCACUUGGCAGAAGGUGGAUUAUGACUUCAAUUACCACCAGAUGGAAUUCCCGUGCAAUAUUAAUGUUCUUAUCACUUCCGAGGGUCGAUCGCUCCUACCGUCAGAUUGCCAAGUCCACUUACAACCACAGCUAAUCCCCCCGAACAUGGAGGAGUACAUGAGCAGCCUCCUCACUGCAGUGCUCCCUUCUGUCCUGAACAAGUUUCGCAUUUACCUCAGCUUGUUGAGGCUGCUGGACUACAGCAUCUCUGAGGAAGUGACCAAGGCAGUAGAAGAAGACUUUGUAGAAAUGAGGAAGAACGACCCUGAGAGCGUAACAGCUGAUGACCUGCACAGAACACUGCUUGUAGCAAGGUUCCUGUCUCUCAGCGUGGGGCAGACAACGCUAUCCAGGGAGAGGUGGCUGAGAGCAAAACAACUGGAGGCCUUACGGAAAGCCAGGCUGCAGCAGCAGAAAUGUGUCAAUGGGAAUGAACUUUAACACUCUGUGGAUGUCGCUAUGAGUUUGUCUAAUCCUAGAUGGAAUCCCCCUACUAAGAUUGGAAUAUUGUUUAUACCAGUUUUUUGUAGAUAAUUUAUACCAAAAGAAGUUAUGGCUAUUUACCCUCCCAGGCUGAGCACACUUAACCCCGUUCAGCCCGUUCACCAUAUUUUAUGACCUUUUUUUGGAGCCUGUUUUGUAAUUGAAAAUUGGUAACAAUAAGCAAAUUGUUUGAUAUUAAACUUUACUACUGAA